GGUAACACUGCUUUCGUAAACGUAAAUAAAAAACAAGAUUGAUAAGAAAAAUGGUUUGUGAGAAGUGCGAGGCCAAGUUGUCCAAAGUUUCGGCCCCAAAUCCCUGGAGAACAAGCACAGCUCCCGCUGGGGGGCGAAAAAUCAACGAAAACAAGGCAUUAUCCUCGGCCCGCGAACGAUACAAUCCGAUAGGCACAGCUUUGGCGCCUUGCCGGAUCUGCCGGCAGAAAGUGCAUCAGAUGGGCGCCCACUAUUGCCAGGCGUGUGCCUACAAAAAGGCCAUCUGCGCCAUGUGCGGCAAGAAGAUCAUGAACACCAAGAACUACAAGCAGAGCUCAACGUGAUGCGGUCUAUUGGGGGAUUCACUUAAGCCUAGCCUAGCCAUAGACAACAGAAUAAUUAUAUCGUAUAGUACAACAAA